AUGAAUUCCAAAUGGAUAUUUUUUCUGCUAACCAUUUCAACAAUGUUAGUAAUAUCAAAAACACAAUCAAUAUCAUCAGAGAAACCAUUGGUGAAAAUAGUAAAGGGAAAGAAGCUAUGUGACAAAGGUUGGGAAUGUAAAGGUUGGUCUGUGUAUUGUUGCAAUGAAACCAUCUCUGAUUAUCUUCAAACCUACCAAUUUGAGAAUUUGUUCUCAAAGAGGAAUGAUCCAACGGCGCAUGCUGUUGGAUUUUGGGACUAUCGUUCUUUUAUUACCGCUGCUGCACUUUAUCAGCCUCUUGGAUUUGGUACUUCUGGUGGAAAACAUGGUGGACAGAAAGAAGUUGCGGCUUUUCUUGGACAUGUUGGAAGCAAAACCUCUUGUGGUUAUGGUGUAGCUACUGGUGGACCCUUUGCAUGGGGCUUAUGCUAUAAUAAGGAGUUGAGUCCUGAUCAAUUUUAUUGUGAUGACUACUACAAAUUAACCUAUCCAUGUAGUCCCGGCGCAGCAUACUAUGGCCGUGGUGCCAUACCAAUUUACUGGAAUUACAACUAUGGGAAAACUGGGGAAGCCUUGAAGGUGGAUCUAUUAAACCAUCCAGAAUACAUAGAACAAAAUGCAACAUUGGCAUUCCAAGCAGCACUAUGGAAAUGGAUGACACCACCUGAGAAGCACAUACCAUCAGCCCAUGAUGUUUUUGUUGGAAACUGGAAGCCAACAAAAAAUGACACAUUGUCCAAAAGGGUACCUGGAUUUGGUGCCACAAUCAAUGUUUUAUAUGGUGAUCAAGUUUGUGGUCAAGGUUCUGAUAAUGAUGGAAUGAAUAACAUAAUUUCUCAUUAUCUUUAUUACCUUGAUUUAUUGGGAGUUGGUAGAGAAGAGGCAGGGCCUAACGAAAUUCUCUCUUGUGCUGAACAAGCUGCUUUUAAACCCUCUGGACCACCUUCUUCUUCAGCAACUUGA